GGCAACCUUCCAGGAGCACUUGUUUUCUUGGUGGGGUGCUCACCUAAUGAUUUAAAUUGCCUCCAAGGCUCAAACGCGUCCGACGCGCUUCUGUCUUCCUGACCUGUGUAGUUACAUGAGAAGCACUCCUCUUUACGCAGCUCUGGUUUCCUCUGACUCUUAUCGUUAUACAACUGAGCCUCAGGAUUUUCCAGGUUCUUUGUAACUUUCCUUUCAGAAUGGCCGAGGAGCACGACGAGAUGCAGGGUGGAGAGGGCGAUGAGAGUGACGUGACUGGGCCCGGUGCCCCGACGCCUCUCGGUGCUCUUGAGGGCGUUGCAGGUCUUACCAAACGUGAUAUUCAAUUAGUCACAGAUGGUGGCUACCAAACCGUGGAAGCUGUCGCUUACACCCCGAGAAGAGUUCUGGAGCAGAUCAAGGGCAUCUCUGAGCAAAAGGCUGCCAAGAUCUUGGCCGAGGCCUCGAAAUUGGUUCCCAUGGGUUUCACAACAGCCACUGAGAUGCACCAGAGAAGAAGUGAGCUCAUCUCCAUCACAACUGGAUCUAAGAAUCUCGACACUCUUUUGGCCGGUGGUAUCGAGACUGGUUCAGUCACUGAGCUGUUUGGUGAAUUCAGAACCGGCAAAAGUCAGCUUUGCCACACUUUGGCCGUAACAUGCCAACUGCCCUUCGAUAUGGGUGGUGGCGAGGGCAAAUGCCUUUACAUUGACACUGAGGGCACUUUCCGGCCGGUUCGCCUUCUUGCAGCGGCAAAUCGAUACGGUCUGUCUGGGGAGGAAGUCCUCGACAAUGUUGCAUAUGCCCGUGCGUACAAUUCGGAUCAUCAACUGCAACUCCUCAACCAGGCCUCGGCUAUGAUGUGCGAGACCAGAUUCUCCUUGUUGAUCGUCGACAGUGCAACUGCGCUGUACCGAACAGAUUUCUUGGGACGUGGAGAGCUGUCGUCACGUCAAACCCAUCUUGCCAAGUUUAUGCGUACACUGCAGAGACUUGCGGAUGAGUUUGGUAUUGCUGUGGUCAUCACAAACCAGGUCGUGGCCCAGGUCGAUGGUGGGCCAAGCUCCAUGUUCAACCCCGACCCGAAAAAGCCCAUCGGUGGAAACAUCAUUGCGCACGCAAGCACUACGAGAAUUAGUUUCAAGAAGGGCCGAGGCGAGACUCGUAUUGCCAAGAUCUACGACAGCCCUUGUCUGCCAGAAAGCGAUUGCCUCUUUGCCAUCAACGAGGAUGGUAUUGGCGACCCAUCGCCAAAGGACAUGGAGAAGAUGAACCAAUGAUCAGGUGUCACGUCUGCCUUGCCGAGUGACGAGGAAACGAAGGAAAGAUAAUGAAGGAAUGAUGGGUGCUGAGCUGGGGAUCACUUGCAUGGCUUUGGCGUUUGGAAUGGCUACUAGUGCAGAUUAUUCUUUGCUUUUGGUUUUAAUGUAGUCUACAUACAUGGUAUGAACCUCGCGUCGUGUAAGAAUCGAUUUACUGGAAUUUCAAGUUUGACACCUGAAUGACAGUCCGUAACCACGUGGAAUGGGAACUGAAAUACUUGCUUUUUUGUUGUUAUUUCAU